AUGGAGAGCCCCCAUGAGCAUCAGCAGAACCUUCUGCUAUCCCGAGUCGUUACGAACGUGGAGAAAUUGAACGAAGCAGUGAUGGUCAUGAAUAAGACUCUACAAGAGAUCAACAUCCAAAACAUGAACAUCGAGCUUGUUGCACAGAUGUUCAAGAACUACCAGUCCAACGUUCUGUUCCAUCUUGAAGCCACGGACAACCUGAAGGACCCAGCUUGA